GGCAGCGCCCGCCGGCCCCGCUCCGUGUGCGCGGCCCGCCCGCCCCGAGCGCCGACCCGCCAUGGCCAACAACAGCCCCGCGGUGGCGAACUGCCAGGGGCAGCAGGCGGCCCAGCACCCGCCCGGCGCCAUUCCGCCCGUGCAGCAGCCGCUGCAGAGCGGGGGCCCCAAGCCGGCGGCCUCGGGAAAGCAGGGCAACGUGCUGCCGCUGUGGGGCAACGAAAAGACCAUGAACCUGAACCCCAUGAUCCUCACCAACAUCCUUUCGUCGCCCUACUUCAAGGUGCAGCUCUACGAGCUCAAGACCUACCACGAAGUGGUGGACGAGAUCUAUUUCAAGGUUACGCAUGUUGAACCAUGGGAGAAGGGCAGCAGAAAAACAGCAGGCCAGACAGGGAUGUGUGGAGGGGUGCGCGGUGUUGGAACUGGAGGAAUUGUGUCUACUGCUUUUUGUCUGCUCUACAAAUUAUUUACACUGAAGCUCACUCGUAAGCAAGUGAUGGGCCUUAUCACUCAUACAGACUCCCCAUAUAUUAGGGCUCUUGGAUUUAUGUAUAUAAGGUACACACAGCCACCUACAGAUCUAUGGGACUGGUUUGAAUCCUUUCUUGAUGAUGAGGAGGACCUGGAUGUGAAGGCAGGUGGGGGUUGUGUUAUGACCAUAGGGGAGAUGCUUCGUUCCUUCCUCACUAAGCUUGAAUGGUUUUCUACGUUGUUUCCAAGAAUUCCUGUGCCAGUCCAGAAAGCCAUCGACCAGCAAAUUAAAAGCAGACCUAGAAAAAUCAAGAAAGAUGGCAAGGAAGGGAUGGAAGAAAUAGACCGGCAUGCAGAACGUAGACGUUCAAGGUCUCCAAGACCAAGAUCCAUCAGUCCCAGGAGGUCUCCCAGAAGAUCCAGAAGCAGAAGUCACCAUCGUGAAGGCCAUGGAUCAUCUAGUUUUGAUAGAGAACUAGAAAGAGAACGAGAACGGCAGAGAUUAGAACGCGAAGCAAAGGAGAGAGAAAAAGAAAGACGGAGAUCUCGAAGUACCGAUCGCUCACUGGAACGGAGGCGAAGCAGAAGCAGGGACAGAUACAGAAGCCGGAGUCGAAGUCGUGACAGGAAAGGAGAUAGAAGAGACAGGGAUAGGGAGCGAGAGAAAGAAAAUGAGCGGAGUCGUAAAAAAGAGAGAGAUUAUGAUAAGGAAAGAGGUAGUGAGAGGGAAAAAGAUCGAUCUAGAGAAAGGUCAAAAGAAAGGAAGAGUAAGGGUGACACGGAGGAGAGAAGACACAAGGAUGACAAAGAUGAGAAGAAACACCGCGACGACAAGAGGGAUUCGAAAAAAGAGAGAAAGCAUAGUAGAAGUCGAAGCCGGGAACGAAGGCAUAGGAGUAGGAGUCGAAGCAGGAACACAGGUAAGCGCAGCAGAAGCAGGAGCAAAGAGAAAUCAAGUAAACAUAAAAAUGAAAAUAAAGAGAAGUCAAAUAAACGGAGUAGAAGCAGAAGCAGAGGAAGAACAGAUAGUGUUGAGAAGUCCAGAAAACGAGAUCAGAGUCCCAGCAAAGAAAAAUCCAGGAAGCGUAGCAGAAGCAAAGAACGUUCCCACAAACAUGAUCACAGUGAUAGCAAGGACCAUUCUGACAAACAUGAUCGUCGAAGGAGCCAAAGUACAGAACAAGAGAGCCAAGAAAAGCAACAGAAAAACAAAGAUGAGACUGUGUGAAUUCUUUCAGAAGUGGAUCACAUUGAAUCCUAUAAAUGUUUGAUUAAAUCCUGCUUAUUUUUUCUUAAAGUUGAGAUUGUGCAGUAGUUGAUGAGCACUCUUCUCCAACCUCCCUCUAGGCUGCAGAUUGUCAUUUCCUAUUUUGGGUAGGGAAGUGCCUUUGUAAACCCAUUCAAUGCAUUGACGGUUUCAAACCAUUUGUUUAGUUUAAUUUGUAAUGCGGAGAUUGUUCUUGCAUUUUUAUUGUUCAGAUGUUUCUGAAAUGUACAGUCUGUACAUAUGUCCUGAAAAUGUUUUAAUUCCUUUGGCAUGGUUGCCAUGUUGGUUAAAUUUGUAUGAGGCAAUAAACUGCCACUAAUUAUA